GCUCCGCAGACCUCCCGCCGCAGCGCGCCGCGCCGGGCUCCAUGCCGCGCUCCGGGAUGCGAGGAGAAAGUCGGUGACUCCGUUUUCCGACCGUCAUAGACGGUGACUGCGAUGCUGAAGGCACUGGGCGAGUCGCUCCUCCUCAGCUCUUCUGUGUGAGGACCAAAGAAUACAAGAGACUGAAUUAUCUGAAUUAUGCUUCUACAACAGAACUGGGUUUCUCCUCAUUGGGCAUGGCAGAGCCUGGGGAAGCCCUUCCUUUUGUUUGUUUUCUUAAUGUUGCAAACAGCUGAUCUGGAAGCCAGGAGAGGUCACCAGUUUGUCUGGAAAACAGGUCACUGGGGCCGCUGCAUCGGGGACUGCGGCUCGGGCGGCGUUCGCAGCCGGGCCGUGUGGUGCAUGCACGCCGAGGGCUGGACCACCUUCCACGCCAACUGCGACCAGCAGGACAAACCCGAGAGCCAGCGGAGCUGCUUCAAAGUCUGCGACUGGCACCUGGAACUGUUCCAGUGGGAGGUUUCGGGAUGGGACAGGUGCGGGCUCGUCUCGGCCGCGGGCGCUGAGGCGGGAGCCGAGCUCUGUGUGACCGCACAGCACGGGCUGCAGCGCCGCAGCGUCCGCUGCCUGCAGAAGCUCAACAGGACCGUGGUGUCCAGCGAGAUCUGUGAGUAUUUCAGCCCGCAGCCGCCCGCCGAGCAGGCCUGCCUGGUGCCCUGUCCUCGCGACUGCGUCGUGUCCCAGUUCUCGGCCUGGUCCCCGUGUGGCCAGGGCUGUGCCCGGGGCCUGCAGCACCGCACCCGGGCCGUCAUCGCCCCUCCGCUCUACGGCGGAGCCCCGUGCCCCAACCUGACGGAAUCCAGGGCCUGUGGAGCUCCUGCCUGUCCCCUCGGGGAGGAGCAGCACACCUACAGCCUCCGCCUGGGCCCCUGGGGCCAAUGCCAGCCACCCCAUCCUAAGGACUUGGAGCUGGCGGGGAGGACUAUGCUGGAUUUGGGGUCGGACUCUGGAGAGCGAAGCACAUCCGCACUUCCCGGCUCUCAUCCGCAGCACCAGGCCGGGGAGGUGGAGAUCGGGUACCAGACCCGGCCGGUCAGGUGUGUGAGGAGCGAUGGAAAACACGUGGCACUGAGCCUCUGCCUGCAAGACCCCGUCCCUGUGACCUCCAGGUCCUGUGUCAUGCCCAAGGACUGCACCACGUCCGAGUGGUCCCCGUGGAGCCCCUGCUCACACAGCUGUGGCUGGGGCAGCCUCGCCCCGGGGCUGCGGAGCCGGCGCCGCAGCGUGCGCAGCGUGCCCGUGGGCGCCGGGAAGCCGUGCCCGGAGCUGGAGGAGAGGGAAGCGUGCAGUGGAGGAGGGAAGGCACCGCUGCAACCCUGCCCCAGGUUUGCCUGGAGAACUUCUGAAUGGAAAGCUUGUCAAGUGUCUCUGCUCCUUGACCAGCAGGACCCUCACCACCAGAAGCAGGCAGGGCUGUGUGGAGGUGGGACCCAAAGCCGGGUGGUCUACUGUGCCCAGAUCAUCGUGGAGCCGGGGACACAGCGGCCGAAGGAGGUUGCCAGACCAGUUGAUGGGAAGCUUUGCCAGGGUCCUGCCCCAGCCACCUCCCAGCUGUGUCACCUGCCGUGCCUGGCCGAGUGCGCGGUGUCCUCGUGGUCACCCUGGGGUCCCUGCCUGCCCGAGAGCUGCCAGCACCGCCACGGAGGGAGAGGCUUUAGGAUGAGGCAGAGGCAAGUGGUGGUGGAUCCAGUGGGCACCCUGGCAGGUUGUCCUCAUUUGGUGGAGUCCAUUCCGUGUGAAGACGCGCGGUGCCACGAGUGGGUGGUUUCAGAGGGAUCCUGUGUGACCGACCGAGGGAAGUGUGGGCCUGGACACCGUGUCCUGAAGGCUGUCUGCAAGAGCAGGAAAGGUGAAGAAGCACCACAUCACCUGUGCUCAGAGCUUCCCCAUGCCGAGGUGGUGGCUUGUGAAGUCCCUUGUGCCAGGGACUGUGUGGUCAGCGAGUGGUCCCCGUGGUCCCCCUGCUCCCACUCCUGCUCCAGCAGAAACGCCGAGGGCACGCAGAGCAGGAGCAGAUCCAUCCUGGCCCUUCCAGCCGAGGGUGGGAAAGCCUGUCCCCCUGAGCGAGCCCUGCAGGAGCAGCGUGCCUGCAAUGAGCACCCGUGCGUGCAUUUCUUCUGGGAAGCGUCUCCCUGGAGCUCCUGCUCUGAGGAUGUGCUGGGCACUGCCCUCAACACCACCAUCAGCUGGAGUGGGGAAACCACCUGUGGGGUGGGCAUUCAGACAAGGAAAGUCUUCUGCAGGAGGAGCAGCUCUGGCCAGGUCACUCCCAAAAGGUGUCCGGAGUCGGUGCGGCCGGAGGCGGUGCGGCCGUGUCUCCUCCCCUGCAGGAAGGACUGUGUUGUGACACUGUUCAGUGAGUGGACACCCUGCCCCACAGCCUGUCAGCCUGGCAAUACCACUGCAGUUAAGCAGUCGCGGUACAGGAUUAUCCUUCAGGAUUCUGCCAACGGGGGACAGGCAUGUCCAGACACCUUGUAUGAGGAGAGAGAAUGUGAAGAUGUUCCCAUCUGUCCAGUGUAUAGGUGGAAGAGCCACCGCUGGAGCCCCUGUGUGCUGGUGCCAGAGUCGGUGAGGCAGAGCCUGCCAGGGCAGAGCGAGGCGUGUGGGCACGGGCUGCAGGCCAGGGGUAAGAUUCCUCCAUCCACCCCCAGUGUGCACGAGGCAGUCCCAUGCUACAGCGAGUGCAAUCAGUAUUCCUGGGAAGUAGGACCAUGGUCUCCAUGCAAAAUCAACAGUGAACAAAAUUCCCUCCACUGUGGGGAAGGAAUACAAACGAGGACAGUCAGGUGUGUGAGCACUGCUGAGGACCACGGCGUGGAGACUGUGCCCAACGCUCUGUGUAACCAGGCUGAAGUCCCAGAGGCAGAGCAGAAGUGCAGCUUGUACUGUCCCAGUGAGUGUGCAGUGUCUGAGUGGGGACAGUGGAGCCCAUGCCCACAGGUGUGUGACCCCAGUAUUAUGCAAACCCGAACCCGACAAGUGCUGAGGUCUCCUGUCAGUUCAAAGCCCUGCCCUGAAGAUUCACAAAUGAAGCCAUGUAUUCUUAAUCAAAAUUGCUUCCAAUACCAGUACAACGUAACAGGCUGGAGCGGGUGCCAGCUGGGUGCCAAUGCCACCUGCGGUCACGGGGAGCGGCGCCGCCUCCUCAGCUGCCAGCGCAGCGAUGGGGCCACCGUCAGCAUGCAGCUCUGCCAGCAGCUGCACCUGGAGAAGCCCGUGCCCACGAGCAGCCGGUGCGUGGUGGGGUGUGCCGUGGACUGCCAGCUCUCGCCGUGGUCAGCCUGGUCCCAGUGCUCCCACUCGUGUGGCACCGGCGGCCAGAUGGUGCGUGGGCGCUCCGUGGUGCUGCGGGCAGCGGGCGAGGGCAGACCCUGCCCGGAGCAGCUCACCCAGCACAGGAGCUGCCCCGUGAAGCCCUGCUACAGCUGGCUGCUGGGCCCCUGGUCCCCCUGCACCGUCCAGGGUGGACAGUGUGGAGAUGGAUUCCAAGUCCGCAACCUCACGUGUGUAGUGCAUGAUGCAUCAGUUUCUGCUACAUCCAGACCAGUAGAAAAUGCAUUAUGUGGUGAGCUACCAUCAAAAGAAAGUGUGCUGCAGUUACCCUGCUCUGUGCCUUGCCCAGGUGACUGCCACCUGACAGAGUGGUCAGAGUGGAGCUCCUGUGAGCUCACCUGCAUCAGUGGCAGGAGCUUUGAGACAAGCGGGCGCCAGUCUCGGUCCAGAGCCUUCCUCGUCCAGUCUGCAGAGAACCGGGAGAGCUGCUCGGGGCAGGAGAUGGAGACACGGCCCUGCUCAGGAGGGAAGUGCUACGACUACCUGUGGCAAACCAGCCCUUGGCGAGACAACGUGCGCACGGUGUGGUGUCAGCGCUCGGAUGGAAUCAAUGUCACGGGAGGGUGUCCUCUUCGCACCAAACCUGCUGAAGUCCAGCACUGCAGCCCGGCGUGCAGAAAACCCUUCUCCUACUGCACACAGAGAGGAGUCUGUGGCUGUGAGCGGGGAUAUACAGAAGUAAUGAGAUCAAAUGGGCUCCUGGAUUACUGCGUGAAGGUACCAGGUUUAGAAGAUAAGAAAGCUGAUGUUAAGACCAUUGCCGGAAAAAAUAAACCUGUCAACUCCAAAAUGCAUGACAUUUUCAAAGGAUGGUCUAUUCAACCUUUUAAUCCAGAUGGUAAACUGAAGGUAUGGGUAUAUGGAGUAUCAGCUGGAGGGUUCUUCAUCAUUGUUUUCCUGAUUUUUACAUCCUACCUGAUGUGCAAAAAAACAAAGCAGCAUCAAAGCCCUCCACCACAGCAGAAGCCUCUAACCCUGGCCUAUGAUGGAGACAUUGAUAUGUAACAUGAACAAGAAAUCCAAAUGUAGACAUCAACUGCCUUAACUGCUUUCUUUUUUGGAACUCUCCGACUUCUCAGUUUUUUGAGGAAUCUCCUGAUGUAUAAUAUCCUGGGCAGAACAGAAGUAUUGCAAGCUGAAAAUUUUGCCACCUCUUUAUAAAAAAAAAAAAUUGAGAAAAAACCUUGGACCUUGUGAAAUUUUUCUGAAGAGACCAGAAACUACAUCCCUUCCUGUUGAACAGUGGGAAUAACAAAAAAGGAAAGAAAGAAUCUACAGACAUCGAAAGGAAUUAGUUUUAAAAAAAGGCAUGACAAUCCCAAGGAAAUUGUGACAUUUACUGUAAAUGACAAGUUUGACACAGCAUCAUUAUGCACUAUAUUAGUGCAGGGUUCUUUAUUCUUCACAUACUUCAACAAUGAGUUUUCUAGUGUUUACAUUUCGUUCAAAGACUUUAAAACCAGAUCAUGUAUUUUGAGAAAUGCAAGGAAGAAUGAGUUGAAGUGUCUGAAGUUAUCAGGUUUUUUAAAGUUUCUUCCUUCUUAUCCUGUUUUCUAGUCUGGAAUAUGAUUUUGCUUCAUUUCCACCUACAGGACAGAAUAAGGAUUGUUAUGAAAAAGCAUAGGUGGUUUCUUAACCAAGAAUAUUUUCUAAAGAGCUGAGCAGAUAGGUGUUUUGAUGAAUGGCUAGAGGAUUUGAUUGUUUAAAAAGGAUUUUAAAUUAAAUUAAAUCAUGUAGAUACAUUAUGGCCAGUUUAAAUUGUUAUUCAGUUUAAUUAAAACAAACUCUGCUUUUGUAUUUAAAUUUUCUUAUCUGAAAUAUUUAUAAAUUCCUUUUUUUGAAUUUAAUUACCUGACCUCAUUUAAUAUACAUCAAACACAAAUGCAGUUUGUAGAAGGUCUUGCUUUUUUAAAUGUUUCAGAACCACUGAGAAGUUACAUAUCGCAAAAUUCUGGGAGCAUUUGAAGAGGGUAAGUGUUUAUAAUAGUGUGUGUUGCAAGUAAGAAAGUGCCAUCUUGUGGUAUUGACUUGUAUUUAUAAGCAAAUAAAAUGCUAAAGAGAGUGAGAAAAUUGCUUCUGGUAUGUUGAAUUAAAUGUGUGUAAACAA